AUCAGCCCCACCCACUUGAUAUAGCCUGAUCCAAGCUCUCAGUAGCUCAAAUUGCAUGAACUGAUGAAAGUUGCUGAGGCUCUGAUAUGGUGUGCAGAAUUUUCUACAGAAUGCUGGGGAUGCUCUUGAUGCAGCUGCUGAUAAACUCAGCAUUCACAGUAUCAGCUGAGACAGAAAUGAAUACUACUUCAAAAAUAUCCACGGCUACUACACUUAUUGCUCCUACUGAAACACAAUCCCCAACAACAACGAUACAAACUUUUGAAACAAGAGUACAGACAACUCAGUCGCCUACUUCGUCUACAACACAACCUACAGAGGAUCCGACCACAGAUCCUCCGACUGGCUUUGACUUGUUUUGGAGCAUUCCACUGAACAGAUACCUUAUCUAUGGUGGAGCUGGAGGCCUGGGUCUCAUUCUGCUGUUUGUUUGCUUCUGCCUCAUAGCAAUAGCAAGAGGGCGCUCCAAGAAAUCUAGAAGCUUUAGGACUUAUGAUAAGAGUGAUACCCACACUUUUACCCUCUCCAUCAUUCAACCUGAUGAGAGCAUUAACGAAGAUUUACUGCUUUGUGAGAAGAUUAUCCCAAUCACUGAGUUCACAAGCUACGUGAAUACGUUGAGACUUAAUGCUAACAGUGGCUUUGAAGAGGACUUUGAUAAUCUGGCUACGAUCACUCGAAAGAAGCCACCGUACACUGUGUCAAAGAUGUAUGUAAAUGAUGCUAAAAACAGAUUUGACAACGUCUAUCCAUUUGAUUCCUCCAGAGUUAUUCUCUCUAACGUUGAUGAUGAUCCAGCAACUGACUACAUUAAUGCCAGCUACAUUGACGGCUAUGACAGGGGAAAUGCCUACAUUGCUGCUCAAGGUCCUUUACCUAAUACUAUAGCUGAUUUCUGGAGGAUGAUCUGGGAGCUAAAACUUACCACUAUCAUCAUGUUAACAGAGACUGUGGAAUCUGGAAAGGAGAAGUGUCAGAAGUACUGGCCUUCAACAGCCAAUGAACCGUGGGACGUUGGGUUCAGUCUUGUUGUUACACUCACCGAGCUCAUCCCUUUUGCAGAGUACAAGGUUAAAAUCAUGAAAGUGGAGAACAAAAUGGAUCCUGAGAGCUGUGUCCCACUAAUAGUGACCCAUUAUCAUUUCUCUGUCUGGCCUGAUCACGGGGUACCAGUUGACAAGACCAGCCUCAUCCAUUUCAUUCAACGAGUGAGGCGACAUCAUCCUUUUUUCAACUCCUCUCCCCUCCUGGUACACUGCAGUGCCGGCGUGGGUCGCACUGGUACAUUCAUUACACUGGACAGUAUGAUUCACAUGAUGAAGACAGAAACCACACUGGACAUCUUACCUUUCAUCAGGCGAAUGAGGAAUAAUAGACCACUCAUGGUGCAAACUGAGGAGCAGUACAUAUUCAUCCAUGAAGCUCUGGAGGAGUACAUCACUUGUGGAGACACGUCCAUUGCCGUGGCUAACCUGAGGAUUGCCAUUACAAAACUCAACAGGCUUACCACUGACACUGACGAUGAAUACAUCACUCAAUUUGAUCAACAAUUCCAGGUUUUGGAGACAGUGUCCUGCAAGCUUAAUGCAAUCAACUGCACCGAGGGAAAGAAACCUUACAAUGCAAAGAAGAAUAGAUAUCCCCAGAGAAUACCCUACAAUGUCUGUCGAGUUGCUAUGAAGCCAUCAGCAGUGAAAGGAUCUGACUACAUAAACGCCAGCUUUAUCGAUGGCUACAAGCAACAGAAGGCGUUCAUUGCUACUCAGACUCCUCUGAAGGCUACUGUAACUGACUUCUGGAAGAUGGUCUGGGAGAACAAGUGCAGGGCCAUCGUGAUGCUCAGUGACAUACAGAAGGAAGAGCCUGAGGAAGAACACUGUGUAUACUGGCCUGCUGAGGUCCAGGAAUCAACUCUGUACGGGAAGCUGAAGAUAAAGUUUCUCAGUGAAGAGGUCCAUGAGGACUUUAUUAUAAGGAAACUGGAGCUACGAGAGGACACACAGUACCACGUUCCAGGGGUGGUUGACUAUCUGGUGGUGAAUCAAGUGCAGCACUGUAACUGGACAUUGAAAGAGGUGCCCACUACUAAAUCAGUGCUUCAAAUCAUCGACUCACUCCUCAAGAUUCAACGCAGCACAGGGAACCAGGCAAUCACUGUGUGCUGCAAUGAUGGAAUGGGCCGUACUGGAACGUUUAUUACCAUUUUCUCUCAACUGGAGAGGAUAAAGACAGAGAGCAUCUGUGAUGUGUUCCAGUGUAUCAAAGCCAUGAGACUGCAACGACCAUGCAUGGUGGAGAACGCGGAGCAACUCAUCUUCUGCUAUCAAACACUGGCCGACUACCUUGACACAUUUGAUCGAUAUGCCAACUUCAAAAUUAAAUAGAACUCAAAUGCACGAAAGAACUGCAUAAUUAUACAGCUAGCAAUUAUUGUACAUGUAUACGGUAGAGUGUGUUUCAUCACCAAACAAUGUUCAUCACCAAACUUUUUACUUUAGUUUUAAGCAUCAAUUUCUUUCAUG